AUGUGUCAAACGGCAAUGAUCAGCGUGAUGACGAAACGGCCCUUCCUGCAGGGCGAUCGGAAUCAAGCCCAGGAAUCCAUCAGAAAGGCUCAGGCUCCUAUGUGGGGAAUUGAGUUACCCCUGAAGCGCAUCGCUUUCCCCUCAGUGCAUUCUCCGUCUCCGUAG